GGCAACCCAACUCAAUUUAGCUGCUGAGCUAGACAACGGCUGGUUAGCAGCUAGCUACCUCUCCGUGAACAUUUGCACAGUCAACUCAAACAGCCGUGUAACAUAUACAGUCUGCAUCAGAACUAUGUCGGCUAGUGACGACUCUGCCGACUUGACCAGAACAGCUUCUCCAGUUCAUCACAGAAAAAAACACAGCAUGGAGUCAUCCAGAUCUCCCAGAAGCUCCAAACACCACCAUUCACGGUCAAGGUCGCGCUCCAGGGACAGAAAACGUGACAGAAAAUACAGACGGAGUCGCAGCAGGAGUAAAGAGGCACGAAAGAGGGACUCUGAGAAGCCAUCAAAAUCUCACAAAAAAACAGACGAGCUGCAAGAGCAAGAGAGACUUUCGGCAGAGAAUGGAGAGGAGCGGUCCAGACGCAAAGACAGGAAGUCCUCCAGAGGUCGGAGCGUGUCCAGAUCACACUCACGAGAGAGGCGGCAUCGCAGCAGGAGUAGGGACAAACGACGAUCGCAAUCACACAGCCGGGACAGGAAGAAGAAAGCCAGGUCUCGCUCACGUUCAAAGUCCAAACACAGACAUCACAGCAGAAGUCGCAGCAAGAGCAGGGAGCGAAAGAAGAGGAGUGAGAAAGUGCGUAGAAAGAGUCAAAGCAGGUCUGUUAAUCCACCUGCCUUCCGGGGCCGAAACACAGCUAUGGAUGCACAAGAGGCUUUGGCCAGGAGUCUUCUUUUUUCCAGGCUGGAGAGAGCAAAGAAACUACAGGAACAGAAGGAAAAAGAAAUGUUGGAGAAACAGCAGCAGCAACAGCAGGAGAUUGCUGCAGUGACAGCCCCUAUUGCAGCAGCUGCAGCUGCUGCCGCCACAAACCCUGCUCUUAAUGUGGCAGCCCUCCUGGCCUCUGGGACGCAGGUCACGCCUCAGAUCGCCAUGGCAGCACAGAUGGCAGCCCUUCAAGCAAAAACAUUGGCGGAGACGGGCAUUGCAGUGCCCAGCUACUAUAACCCAUCUGCUGUAAACCCCUCGAAGUUUGCAGAGCAGGAGAAAAAGAGGAAAAUGCUAUGGCAGGGAAAGAAGGAAGGGGUAAGAGACAAGUCCCAGACAGCUGAGUUGUGGGAGAAGCUAAACUUUGGAAACAAGGACCAAAAUGUCAAAUUUCGCAAAUUAAUGGGUAUUAAAGGAGAAGAGGAGGGAGAACCUUCGAAACCACUCAAUGAUGAUGGCUUGAAGACUCUUCAAAAGCAGGAGGAGAUGUUCAGGAACCUUGACGUUCAGUACGAGAUGGCUAGAUCUCAAACACACACCCAGAGGGGAAUGGGCCUCGGCUUCACCUCCUCAUUUUCACGGGGGAUGGAUUCGAUCUAGUGCAAAACCCAUGGCUGUCUUUGCCACUUACCUGAUCAUAUAGGACUACCAACUCAUCGCUAGCCCUUAAGCUUGCAUGGAUGUUGCUCUGAAUCUGUAAUUUAUUUAUAGACAAACAUCUCGCAUAUUGGUACAUUAUAAUGUAAAUAGAAAGGUGCUGAGUUUGUCUCAGUGUUUAUUAAUCUGUACAUCUUUGAAAAAGGAAGCAUCAGUGUGACUGUCUGAUGCUGGUUGAAAUUAGAUAUUUGUUUGAGUAAUGUGGUAGCUUUUUUUUAAACUCAUAAAUAUAUAUAUGUGAUUUGUUUUGAACAUGAAUUGAAUAAGUGGUUCAAGUGAACACUGUUUACAUCCAUUUAGCAAAAGGCACCUGAAGUCAAUGUAGCAUUAUCUGAAUCCCUCAUUUUCAUUUCUCCUGACUGGGAAAAACAAAACAGCGGGGUGUAAUACAUAUGGUCUUCAGGACUGCCACGGAUAAAGACAGACCUGAAAGGAGUAAUCGCGUAUUUCAUGUUCUUGAAAUAAAUUAGUUUGUGUUGAAUGAGGUGUUAUUCUAU